AUGGCUGCGCUGGCUCAGAGCAUUCUGGUGACGGGGUCCAACCGGGGCAUCGGGCUGGAGCUGGUGAGGCAGCUUGCCGCGAGCCCUCAGGCUCCCCAGCACAUCUUUGCCACCUGCCGUGAUCCUGAUGGACUGAGUGGGAAGGCCCUGAGAAAAUUAGCUGCCCGGCACCCCAGCAUCAAACUGGUCCAGCUAGACACAGUGAGCUUGCCCAGCAUCCAAGGGGCGGUGCAGGCUGUGGAGUCCCAUCUGAAGGGUCAGGGCCUGAACCUGCUCAUCAACAACGCAGGCGUCAGCUCGCAUGCCACGUUGCAGUCCGUGGAUUCACAGGAGAUGCUCUCUGCGUUCACCACCAAUGUGAUCGGGCCUCUCCAGGUCACCAAGGAAUUUCUGCCCCUCUUGGAGAAGGCGGCAAAGGGCCUGGGAAAGGAGGGGCUGAGCUGCAGCAGGGCCGCGAUCAUCAACGUGUCCACCAAAGUGGGCUCCAUCGGGCUGUGCCUUGGGAUGCUGGAGGCGCCCAUGUACCCAUACCGUGCCAGCAAGGUGAGGUGCCAGGGGAUGUCCUGGGACUGCACCUCAGGGCGUAGGAGGCCCCCAUGUACUGUGCCAUGCCAGCAACAAGAUGAGGUGCCAGAGGUUGUGCAGGGGCUGCUCUGCUGGCCCUGUGCACAGUGCCCACGGAGGGGAGCCCAUGGGACCCCUCUACACACCUGCCCCAGGACAUCCAGCCUCUGUCUGCUCUCCCAGUGAAAGCACAGAGACUGUCAGCCCUGGGAUUGGCAGCAUCUGGGACAGAGCCUUUUGGGCUGGCUGUGCCAAUGCUUUCCUGCAGGGUAAAGUCCCAUUUCCUGGCCACACACACCUCCUGGCUAGCAAAUCCCCUUGCUCCUGCCCACGUUCACCCCAACACCUGCCCAUUCCCCUGCGUUGUGCUGGCAUGGCGAUGCCUCUUCCAGGCUGCACAGAACAUGAUGACAAGGUGCAUGGCUGCAGAACUCAAAGACAAGGGGAUCUUGUGCACAGCGAUCCAUCCUGGCUGGGUGAAGACUGACAUGGGGACAGAGAAGGUACUGUGCCGUGCAGGGAAGGGGCAGCAGGCCUGGGUCCCCCCAUUGCUCUAUGUGCCAUCGUGCCCCCACCUCUUGGGGAGGGCAGUGGCACUUAGGUCCUGAAGCCCUAGGGAUGGCUCUGAAGUCUGCAUCUCUGUGCAUGCAGAGGCGGAGGGUCUGGAGCCACUCAGCUGGGGCAAGGAGGGAGACCACAGGCCAUGGCAGUCCUUCCAACACUGGAUGGCGGGGAGGGUAGUGGGGAAAAUGACAAAGGGCACCCAGAGACCCAAGGUCAGUCGGAUCAUCUCAGGGCAUCCAGCACAAGAGCUUCCAGCUGUUGCCAAGGCCAUACCAAGUGUGCCUCCUGCACAUACCAUGACAGAUGCGAAGUUGCAGAACACAUGCCAUUUGUGAUACAUCUCAGGAGAAGAGCAUCAGGAUAGCCUGGGGAUGUGCCAGGAAGAUAGGUGUGCUGGCUGAAGGGACAAGAUUCAUGAUGAUGCAACACUAGGGAAGAUGUGCUAUUGCAAGAGGUUUGCAGCCUCCAGCAGAGCUCUGCUAUGAGACGUGGGGAAUUGUGGCAAAUAUGCCAUUGUAAUGGAUAUGCCGCCACUGUAGAAAGUCCAAUGACAGAUGAGGUACCAUGCUGUAUCUGCUAUUGCAGUGUACAUGCUACCCUGAUAGAAGUGUUUGAUAACAGAGAAGAUACCAUGACAGAGAAGAUACCAUGCUGCCCUUGGCCAAAGAGUUGCAGGCAGGAUUACAGGGCAGUAGCUGUUCUUCAGCAGCAGAUGCAGUGCCAUGAUGAAAGAGUAUCACAAGAGAGGAUGUUGUGUGAUGCCAUGAGCUGCCAGGACAAUAUCCUGGGGCAGAGCCAGCAGCAAGCAGGCAACAAGCUGUGGUGUGCCAGGUGCAUGGAUAACCAGCCUCUGUCCCACCUAGCAGAGUGAUAAGAAAGGUUGGAAAAAGGUUCCCAUGACCAACCUGCCCUGCUGCAGCUAGGGGAAAAUGGGGCAGCAGUGCUCCAGGCAUGCAUCCUUCAGUCUGGUCAGACCCUGCUGCUUUCUGUGUCAGUCUUGGUCCACAGCAGUGAUGUUGACCCUUGUCCCCUUCUGCAGGCCCCUCUGACGGUGGAGCACAGUGUACGGGGCAUCCUAACUGUGUUGGCCAGCCUCUCGCAGGACACCACCGGCGCCUUCCUCGACUGGGAAGGAAACAGCGUGCCCUGGUGAUAGACUGCCAGCCAGGAGCUGCAGUAGCACCGGAGCCUCAUGUCCGCUGUCUCUGCCAGCCUCCCUCUUGCCAGCUCACCUAUCUGCUGCAGCGCUCACGCUCCGCCACUCGUCUUCUACUGGCCCUGGGCUGCCAGGGAGACAGGAAGGACAUGGGAGUCAGCUUUUCUCUCCCUUUUUUCCCACCCCAUGUGUGGAGUCUUGCAGUGCCCCUGUACCCUUGCCUCUGUAAACGGUGGGAGCUGACACCUCUGUCCUCCGCCUCUGCAUCCACAGCCUCUUACCAAUACAGGGCUUGUGCCAGGUGGCACGUGGCCGUGAUGACCCAGCUCCUUGCUCCUGUCUGCCUCAGUGGCUGCCUGAGAGCAGGCACCCAAUGCCAGUGUGCUCCUGCUCUGCCAUCCUGGUUGCUGUUUGUCAGCAGCAGAUGCCUGCCCCCACCAUAAGGCCCAUUGCAGUGGCCCUCCCAGCCAUGGGGCAGGCCAUCCCCUCUGUCACCCCUCGCUCCAGGCCCUGUCCCUGCAGUGACACCUGUGAAGGGGCCUGUACCCAGCCACCCCCUCACUUGCCCAUGCUCCCAUGCCAGCUUGCUGCCCACAGCCCUUUGCAGCACUCUUUGGGGCAGGUGCGUGGCCCCUCAGUCCUCCCUGGCCCAUCUGGGACCUGGGUGCCUCUUGCUGCCCUCCUAGUGGAGGCUGGGAGCCAGAAAUGGCAGCUGGAAGUGUCUCUCUGCUCAGGCAUCUCUGGAGAGCAAUGGGGCCAGCAGGCAGGAGAGCGGGCCAGGCCCCAGCUAGACCUGGGCUGUCAUCAUGAGGUCUGGCUGUUGCAAGGCCCUCACAGCCCCAUGCUGUCACUGUGGGGCCAGACCCAGUUGGCCCUGGGCUGUCACCAUGGGGACAGGCCUUGUCAGCCCUGGGCUUUCACCGUGGGCCAGGCCAUGUUGACUGUGUGCUAUCACCAUGGGGCCAGGCCCAGCUGGCCCUGGGCUGUCACCGUGGAGCCAGGCCCACUGGCCCCAGGGGAAGUGUGAGGACCCAGCUGAGCUGUCAUGUCCCCACACAUCUGCAGCCCAAUUGGCUGGGGCCCCCCUCCACCCAGGGACAUGCCAGGAGCCCUUCCCCUCUCUCGGCAUGUAUGGCACCAGCAAUGCCUGGGGCAUGCGCUCAGCUCCUCUCCAAAGCGGGCUGCCUCACGCACACUGAGCCUCCUUCCUGCCCUCCCAGGGGCUGGGUGCCACUGUACCUAGGCCAUGGCUCCUUGGAGAGGCCUUGUCCAGCUGGCCAUGCCCUGGGCGCUGUUCCCCAGCCCUCGCCUCAGCUAGCAGCCUCCACGUCCUGAGAGAGCUGCAUCCACAGAGGGACCAGGCAGGGACAGGACACACCACCCCAAGCUCCCUGAUGGGAUGACAGCAUCUGACUGAACCCGGAGCCCAGCUCCCCAUGCUCUGCCCCUUGGCUGUGUGAGUACCACGCAUCCCACCUAAGACCAAGAGUUCCCUAGGGGGUCCAGCCCCAUGGGAGAGGAUGCAGGAGAGGGGAGAAAGGUCGCCGUAGGACAGCCCUUUUACAGCCCCACGUGGGGAGAGGGCCCAUGAGUUCCCAUGACUCCCCAGCCCCACUGAGCUAUCUAAGGCCGGAGUGGUGUGUACGUGGCACCCAAGCACAGCUAGCUGGGGGAAAGCGAGCCCUACAGCUGCUCAGGGUGUUCACCAGCCCUGUGAACCAGAGGUGUUCACCAGCCUUUCCUGAGCAACUGUUUGGGUCCCAUAGCCCCUGGGGCGUCCGACCUCCUCAGCGACAGGCACCAGCCCGUGACAUCUGCCCCUGGCUCCUUUGCUUCCUGGAGGGGAUGUUUCCAGAGCCCAGUUAUGCUCCUAUAGGACCCAUAGGCUGUCACUUUUGGGUUCUCCAGGUACAGCCCUGAAUCAGGAGAGCUGGCUUGCAGGCACUGC